AUGCCCAGCUGGAGCGUAACCAUUCCCAACCAGACUGCUGGUGUCAUGCCAUGGAUCCGUGUGUUCGGUGGCAUUCCCACGGCGCUCGCCCUCCGGCGGGAUUCCCCCCGCGCCGUGUCCGUGCCUGUCCCGCCGGCGGUGGGGAAGGUGUUUGAGAACCAAACCAACCAAAACACUAGCGUAGGGAAGGACCAGAUUCGCGGUGUUCAGUGGCACAGAAAGCAGGCCUGCGACCGAGACCAGCAGUGUGGCAGCGGGAUGUGCUGCGCGGUCAGCCUGUGGAUCCGCAGCCUGCGGAUGUGCACGCCGAUGGGGAAUUUGGGAGAGGAGUGCCACCCCUUGAGUCACCGAGUUCCCUUCUCGGGGCGGCGGAUGCACCACACCUGCCCGUGCCUCCCGGGCCUCACCUGCGGACGGACUUCCUCCAGCAAAUUCAAAUGUAUGCUGCACUUCAGAAAAGAAGAUGUCUUCUUUUAG